AUGCAAGCAAAACUGUUCAUGAUUCCCUGGCUUAUCGAUCUCGUCUUAGCCCAACGAGUAGUACCACCACCUCAGAAUUCCGCUCCAUCCGCACAAGUCUUGACAAACGACCUCCUUGUGGAUGCUCACCGACGACACUUUCUAGAAAUGCUCCGAAGACAGCAGCAAAUCAAUGAUGCCUUACUUCUAAACAACGCUUUACUCCACCCCCAUCCACUUCCUCCACUCCAUAUCCCAACAAAUCCAACGGAACCACUUCUUCCUCCCGCCCCAUCACUGUUCAAUCCAUUUGCUCCACAAACCGCAAACCAAGGCUCAACCAGCAAGCUUGGAACGUAUGGAAAAGACGAGGAAGUCGAGAAGAAGCCAGGCGAAUUGGCUGCUCCCGAAAGUGAAAAAGACGAAACCCCAAGUGAAAAAGAUGGAACUGUAGAGGCUCCAGCACGAACAGAUAUUGUAAAGAAGACAUUAGCAGGAGUGAAAACGGUGUCGAUUCAAAAGAAAGGAAAUGUGGCAGCUGAUGCGAUCGUGGGUAUAGUGGAAAGUGAAAUUCACCCGAUUCCUUCCACUACUACCACUAUAUCUCCAGAAGAUUUGGAGGUGGUUCAACUAUUCAAAAAGUUGAAUUUGAGCAAGGAAGAGACAAAAAGUAUUGUGGAGAGAGUGGAGCAAGUUGUGAGGGAGAAACUGAUGAGUAAGAAGUUAGAAGAGACAACGACAACUACAGAAGCGCCUACACCAGUUACUGAAUCGACUACAGUAGUAUUGACAACGACUACGCCACAAACUACCACAGAGACUUCAACAACGACCGACUUGGUAACAGAAGAGUUUUUAGAAGAAGAGGAAGAAGAUUAUUCACAAGCAACUACUUCUGCACCACCUCAAAUGCACAUUCGAAGCGAGGAGAACAACUUAGUACUUCUCCAACGUAACAAUCUGAAGCACCACCCUAUCAAACUUCAGGAGAAGAAGAUUCAAGAGCCGCUAGAAUCUGAGGAAAUCUCGCAAGGAUCUAUCAAAACCUCCCUCACUCAUCUCCCGAUUUUUGUUGCAAAUGAUGAGGAAGAUGUUGCUACACAAAAUCAGAAGGCUUCACUUCACAAGCGAAUUCUGAUUGCUUCACAAGACCGAGAGAAGGAGAAUGAUAGAGAUUUGUUGGUGGAUUUCGCUACUGGAGCGCCUUUAGACCUGACAGAGCCAGAAGUGACAAAAUCGAGAUCUGCCGUGACAGCACCAGUCUAUUCUACAUUGGCUCCAAUUCCAAUGACAAGUAGACCUGUAGCACCGCCAAGACUCAACUACCACGAAAGAACAGAUUUCGAGCGUCUUGCGUCAGACUACCGUCGCCGUUUAGAACACACUGGGGAUAUCAAUAAAAUUCUUCAGAAAAUUUCAGAAAACGCUUAUAUCUCAUUGGUAGAACGAGGUGGCCGUCGGAAGCUGUUUGGAAACUGA